AGAGGAAAACAGACGUAUAAGAACAGACUGCUGAAAUGCUACUAUAAAUGCGAUGAAAAAUAUUCUACUAACGGCAAGUGAUUCGGUCGAAAGGAGAAUACAAAGAAGCAUGACUAGAUGUGUUGUGUACACAGAUGUUUUGAUACAUCUUUGGUUGAUAUUGGUGAGUGUUGAAGGAUGGACGUAUCACUGGAAGGAGAACGAGAAAAUGACCUGGAAUGAGACAAGGGGGUGGUGUCAAAGAGAAUACACAGACAUUGUGAUGGUCCACAAUGAAAAUGUAACACGCUUCCUUGAAAAAAAUUUGCCUGAAAAAUCUUCAUCUCCUUACUUCUGGAUUGGAAUGAAAAAGAUCAAUGACAUUUGGACGUGGGCUGCCAAUGGACAGAGUGUGGACAAUGAAAACUGGGCACCCACUGAGCCCAACAACAACAAUGCAGAUGAGAACUGUGUGGAAUUAUACACCAACACAAACAAUAAAGGAAAGUGGAAUGAUGACAGCUGUGAACAUAAAAAGCAUCCUUUAUGCCAGAAAUCACAGUGUCCAAACAAUUGCACUGAUAGACAGUACUGCGUAGAACAAGUCAACAACGUCACCUGUGUGUGUAAAACAGGCUUCUCUGGGCCAGAGUGUGAAACAGUCGUUUCUUGUGAACCACUCUCUGCACCACCACAUGGCUGGAUGCAAUGCUCCGCGGAGUGUUUUCCCAUUCUUUUGUUUGGUGGUGGAUUGCUGAACUGCACUGAAGGACAUGACAGCAUCAGAUCUGCCUGUAGAGUACAGUGUCCACCUGGUCACCUGCUGCUGGGUUUUGUUGAGUUCACCUGCAGAGCUGAUGGCACAUGGGAGUCUUCCUUUCCACUAAUGUGUGCAAGUUAUGUCCAUUUUCUAAUUGCUCUUUUGGCAUCUGUUGUCAUCUCUGUGUUUUGUGGCUGUUUAUUUUGUUGCUCCAGCUGCAGAAGGAGUAAAAAGGCAGUGAGAACUCGACCAGAAACAGUGAAUCCAGCAUUUGAAGCAGAACACACACCACUAGAGGGCCCUCUCUGUUCAGCAUAAACAUUUCUAACCUGGAUGUCUAAACUGAGUCUGACUCAAACUUUUUAUUUUUAGAGACAAGCUUUGUUUGUACAAAUAUGAAAUAUUCAAUAAAUGAAAGUCAAUAAUC